CUUUUUGAUGAGGUCCCUUCUUGGUUGCUUAGGUCAAAAUACGUCCACGGAGAGGAAAGAAAAAUACUUUUUUUAUUCUUGCGGAUCGUGCGCACACGGAAAACUACAAGGUUUGGAGUUAACAUCGGUGAAUUGAUUGGGUUGGAUACGGACACAAGCGCGACAGCGCUCUUACAACUUCUCUACAAAGUUACGGGUAGAAAAAAAGCAGCUGAAGUAGAAGAGGAAGAAGAAGAGGGGAGCAGGAGUAGAAGAGGAAGCUUCGGGAAUGAGCUAAGCAUAGAGCGAGAGAGAGUCUGCACCAUGAAGAUCUUACUAAAUCCAUUGACGUCCUUUCUGCUCUUCCUCAUCCUUCCUGAUGGCAUCUCUUCCAGCAACUGUCCAGACGACUGCUUGUGCUACAUGCCAGGGAGCAUUUUUUGUUCCCAAAGACGCUCAUCUACCAUUCCAUUUAAAAUGGACUCAUCAAUCAAAAACCUCUACCUGUUUGCAAAUGGGAUUGAAGGCAUUAAAGCAGAGGACUUCAAUGGACUAGUUAACUUGGAAAUGCUUGACCUGAGUCAAAACAAACUGACCGAUCUUCCUGAGAGGGUGUUUGAGCCCUUGAGCUCUUUAAAAAAUCUGGACUUGUCGUCCAACCAGAUUACAUACAUUUCAGAGGAAUGCUUCCAUGGAAUGCCACAGCUAGAGCGCCUUUAUUUGUAUAGCAAUCAUAUAGAGAGCAUCCACCCUGCUGCGUUUAAUGGCUUGGACCACCUCCUGGAACUCAAAUUGCAGGGUAAUAUGUUGACAAGCCUGCCACUUCUGACAUUGCCCAGACUGCUGCUGCUGGACCUUCGCUUCAAUGUCGUGCCCACUUUAAAUCCUUCCGAGCUUCAGACCCCGAACUUGGAGUCACUCAGACUUGGUGGUGUGGGGCUCAACAGCCUAAAUAAGGAGCUUAUAAGAAGUCUAAAGAAUCUUCAUGAACUGGACAUUUCAGGAAACAAACUCGAGUCUUUCCCCUCAGCACUCAAGGAGACACCGGGGCUGUUUCAUCUCAACAUUGCUGGCAACCCAAUGGGUCCUCCAAAAACUGAGGAUUUGCAAAACCUUGGCGAGCUACUAGAGCUGGACAUAAGCAGUCUUAGUAUACAAGGACUUCCUGAGGAAUUUUCCCAGCUUUUCCCCCACUUAACGAAACUAACAAUAGCAGAAAAUCCCUUCAACUGCCUUUGCAACUUAGCAUGGUUCCCAAGAUGGCUUAGGGCUCAGAGCAUCACCCUGGAGAGAAAAGAAGAGACACGUUGCCAUUUUCCACCCAUCAAUGCUGGAAAGGUAUUAGAAAGACUGGAAAUCAGAGAUUUUGGCUGCCCAACCACAACUGCAAUGACCACUACUACUAUCAGAACCACUACUAGCACCCUGCCUGCCCCUGUUACUACCUUACCAACUACUACUAGAUCUAUUCAAGUACCCAGGGCCAGUGACAAUCCACCUAACAAAGGUGGUGAUGUUCUUCUGCCUCCUAUCCCUGCGUCUCCAAGCAGCAGUACUGACCUGUAUGAAGAAGAGCAGUUCUGUCCCCAGCAUAUCUGUCUGAACGGGGGCACAUGUCAUUGGAAUCAGCGAGGUCAGAUAGAGUGUGCCUGUCCAGAUGGCACAUCUGGGCUACGUUGUCAAAUCCAGAAACACUCUUCAACCUUAUCACCUGAAGAUGAUUCACCCAAGAACACCAUCAUCGCAAACACGGCAGACAUCACUUCACAUCAAGCAACGGCAACAUCAAUUCUGCUAGAUCUCCAUCACUAUGUUGAAAUGCGGCCUAAAAUCCGUGUAAUCCGCCUGACCUACAGAAACCUCUCUGGACCAGACCGCAGGCCAAUGCAGCUGAACCUUCCAGCAAGCUUCCCGGAGUACAGACUUCGAGGUUUGAAUCCCAAUUCCACCUACAAUGUAUGUGUCAGUCCUUUAGGUGCUGCUAGUGAUGUAGAUAGUGUCUGCAUUGAGGCUCAUACUGAACCUGAACAUCCUGGUCUUGAUGCACAAUAUGACAGUCCAAAGCUAACCACAAUGUUGGUGCCUGCAACUGCUAUCAUGCUGCUGCUGGUCCUCUUAGCAAUAACAGUGGGAGUGGUGUGCUAUCUUCGGAGAAAGAGAGCCAAGAGCCACCUGGAACUAGAUUGUGAGCCCUCCCAUUUGGAGCUGGAUGGAGUCAAAGCCGGUUUGGAUAAUGGGCCAUUGUUUCACAAACAGCCACAACUUAUGAUCCCUGAACCUGCUGUCCAAACAGGUAGUCUGGAGUAUGAGGUGUUAUUACUACAAGAUCAUUGUUCAUCAAAUAACAAUAUGUCUAUGCACAAGCCUUCUUACUUUUGACAGCAGGUCUUGAUCACUUAGACCUAAGGGAUGAUUUUUAUUUCCUCUUCUGUGUACUGCAAAGUUCUGCAAAAGCAGAACAUAAAGAGCAGUGACUGCUCCUUGAAAGUGGAGGAUGCAGAGUCAGGCAAAUAAUCACCAAAAGAGAAAUUGGAUUUACUAUCAACUGGUUGUCUAUGAUGAUGCUAAAACAUGGAAACACUACAUGUUUGGACUUUAGAAAGCAGCAAAAGUGUUUCUGUACUAAGUGCUGCAAUGAGUGUCAUUCGACAUGCUGUGAUGCUGGGAAUGCUGUUCUUGGCUAAGAUUUAGGGUUGGGACACUUAAAAAGCUCAUGCACUCCUUUACGUGUGCUACAUGUACACUAAAAUGAGCUUGUGCUGCCUUUUACCCAUCACCAAAGGCCGAGUAAACAGUCUCAGUAGUUGGCUUUUAGGCAGGGUGCAAACUCAUCAGUACUUACCGGAAGGGAUUAGUGUAUGCUGUGAAUUACCUUUUAACCCACCAAAUGAAGUUUUACUGAGAGAAUAGCUGAUGCUUUUAUUGCUUUAUUUGGAUGAAAUUGUUUUAUAUAUAUGUUUUUUAAAUCCCUGUAUUUUUUAAAUUACUUUCAAACAUUGUGAAUGUUAAAACCCCUCGAUAACCCUCCCCAACCCCUCUUCUUGUGACUAACAGACAAAACAUCUGAUUAAAAUCUUUGAAGAUUAAAACUCAUUUGGUACCAGUAAAGUCAGUCAUAGGGUUUUUCCCCCAGAAUAUCAGACAGUCUAAGUCGAUGGGAGUCUGGAAUGAAUCAAGACUAAAUCCCCCCGAAGGGAGAAGGGAGGCAGAAUUACAACAAGGUGCAGAAGGGAUAAAUAGACUGAAACCCUUAUAAUUCUGUAUCCAAUGCAUGGUUUUACACAGUUUUAGAUUUUACUUGGCUGAAAAUUCACUAAAAACAUCUCCAGUGACUUGGUUUAUAUCCAAUUUAAUGGGAACACAACUAUUUGUUUAACGCCAUUUUAAUAUGGUGCAGUUCCUGGUCUGGUGGUAAAAUGAGCAAGGCAAACAGUUCAUAUGUACCAUGUUUUAUUUGAGUAAAAAUAGCAUGCUUGAUGGCAUGAUAUGAGCUGUUACCUUGUAGCAGGGAGACACCAGUUUUGCAUGCCUAUAUCUAACCAGACUAUGCAAAAUUCAGUUGCACAACUCUAUGGUGUUCAUAAUGUCUGAAAGGAAAACGAGAUUUGGAGAGAUCCACUGGAAGAUCAACAAAAAGACACACAAAGAGCCAAGAACCAUAUCUGUGAAUUUUACGCAAAGAAUGACACUAAAAACUGCUUGUGAGAGUCUGUGAUAAUGCACCUACAUGUUCUGUCUUGUGGAAAGAAAAGCUGCAGACAUCAAGUUACUACCAUUCAACCUUGAAAUGCCUGCAUGCGUUGGUGUACUCCGAGCUCCAACUACUAUCUACGGGCAAACGCACCAAAGACACAUCCAUGAUUGCCUUUAUAGUUACCCACAGUAUUUCCAGCACACAAUUUCCCUUACGCGUCCCACACAAAUUCAAAUGCCUUUAAAACAAGAGAUGCAACUGGAAUAUUUGUCUAUAAAAUAGAUAACAUUGAGAAUAACCAAAAGUGUUUUCAAUGGUUAAUGUUUUUCCCUGUUUUUUAAGGGAAACUUUUUAUUGUUUAUUUCUUUUUUAUUGAGUGAACAUAUUUGUAUAAAAGGAAAAAGUGAUAUCUACAUUAAAUGAAUACCUAAAAGUAAAA